AAGGAGAGAGCAGAGCUGGGUCAGCGGCGUGGUUAGAAGGAAGCUCCCUGGAGGGGCGGCUGGAAGGGGGACUGGGUUUAGGACAGAUGCCUGUCCCCAGUCAGGCCACAGAGGACAGACAACUGGCGUUAGACCACAGGAAGGGCUUGCUGCCUCCUGAGCCGUGGGCAGCGAAGGUCCCUCCCAGAGGGGGCCUCCGGCCAGGAAGGCUGCAGGGCGCACUGGUGCGGGCGCAGAGAACCAGGCAGCCCUCAUGGGCCUGGGAGGGUGGCCCCCGGGCUAUGUGCCGGCCUGGGCCCCUGCAAGCUUUCCCCAGAAGCCUCAGGCCAGGAGGCAGGAACGUGGCCGGCUGGCUGGGGCCCGCGGAGCAGAUGGCGCCAUCUGGCGGCCGUGUGCCUUCCUGAACCUUCACCACCGUGAGGACCCGGCGGUCCUGAGGGACCCUGUGCCUCCCCAGGCCUCACGGUCCCUCUGUGCUUGUGACCGGUCUCCCCGGCAUUCCAGAACCCUCUCUGGCCAGCUUCCAGGCAACCGCUGUGGUUGUGGGGGGACACCCUUCCCCAGGCUGGCCCAGGAAUCCUGCCGGGCCAGUAGCACCUAAUCUCUGUGACUCAGUGCCCGCCCAGCCCCUUCCCUAACCCGGGUGAGGACACCAGCAAAAUAGGGGCAGGGGAGAGGCACACACACGCACACGCACACCCACAGAUGGAGAGCCUCUGACGGCCACUGAUCCCGGCUCCGGGGCCAUAACAACCUUGAAUGCAGCUCUUUCAGUUCCAGAAUACACACGGGCCUGGCAGUUCCCAAAGGAAAGGCCGACUUAAAAUUCCACGCAGGGCCCUGCGACCUCUCUGAAUCUGGCCUCACGAUGCUACUCCAGGGCCCCUGCUGGGCUCUGAGCCAGCUGGAAACGUGGAGGCAGGAGAGUGGGCACUGGACCGACGGGCUGCCAAGGCCUGGGAGCUUCCCUGAGCACCCCACUUCCAUCGCGGGGGCCUCACCCAAUGAGCCCCCUGACCAGGACCGGCCCCAUAACGUGCAGGGCCCAUGCAGAAAACGUGCAGCCUCUUGUACAGAAAUGGUUAGAAUUUCAAGACGGCAAUAGCAGGCAUUAAACCAAGCACGGGCCCCCCAUACCCCUUCUCUGACCAGCCCCUCGAGGGGCGACAGAGCCGGGCCUGGGAGGAAGGACGCUGGGGCCUGGGCACCUCCCUCCUGUCUCUGAGCUGCAGCCCUCUCCUAACCCUGAGAGUCGGGGUGGUUCUGGGAGCGGGGCUGCUUCUGCCCAGCCCAUUGGGGAGUGGGGUAUCGAUGCCAUGUUUGUGGGGGCCCCCUCUCUGUCCCUCUGUAUGCUCAGUACCAGGCAGGGCUGCAGAAGUGAGGGGAUCCGGCCCCAACGCCUGGUCAUUUCUGGAGGGGGUGACCUGGGCUGGGUCCCUAAGUCAAGAGAAGGGUGGCAGGCUCUUUUGGACAAAGAGGGGGAGCCCCAGGUUGGAGGAACUGUGCCUCUUGGCUGCCAGUGCUCCCCAGAGGAGGGGGAGGCCAGGAGGAGCUGAGCCAGAGAGUUGCUUGUGGGCCUGUGGGUCACAGUGCACCCCGCUGUGGCACUGGGCCCCCAGCUUGAAAUCCUGGGUCCCUGCCAUGGGUGGGAGGAGCCGGCCCCGGCCAGGUGUGCACCCUCCCUAGGCCCCAGGCAGGGGGGUUGUGCUGGCCCGCCUUUCUCCCUACCCCCUCGCCUAAGGGUGGCAGAUAGGCAGGUCUGGGCCAGCGGCUGCUGAGUCAGUUUGCAAGGAAUGUUCUGGCCGCUCCCAGCUACACCCUGCCCCUGCCUGCCCCCACCGGGCCCUCCUCCCCAGGUGCUGCUCCCCCGGCCCGCCCGUGCCAGGAACGCACCUUCAUCCCGAGCCUGCUUAGACCAGCUCCCAUCGGCAGCCAGCCCCACGCCUCACCCCACCUGCUCCCCCCAUGACCCCAGUGGACCCCUGGCCCCUCUGAGCCCCCAUCACCAUGCUCCCAGGUCACUCCCAGGCCGGGGGCUCACACGUGUGAACACGGUCCACCGGUGUGACGGGCAAACCACGGUGGGCCUGAGGUCGGGGCAGACAUGAGACGAGACGCCAACAACGGCCCCCCAGGCCGGGCCCUGGGCCGGGGGAGCGAGGCGGCUUCCUCAGGGAGAAGGCCCUGCAGUGAGGGGGCAGGCUCUGCAGGAGGGCCAGCGAGGGCAGGGCCCAGGCGGCCCAGGCCCGGCCUGCUUGGCUAGGGAUGCGGCUGGGGAGGUAGCCAGGAGGCUGGGCCUGUGGCGGCUGAGCCGGCAUCGUGGCCAAAGCCCAGGGCCUCCCGCCUCUGAGCGCCACUCAGAACCAUCACUCCUGGCCACCCCAGGCUGCCUCCUUGCCCAGGCAAACCCACACUGGCUGCUGCCGGGCUGAUGGGGCAGUGGACAGGGGCCCGAGGGGCCCUCCCCACAGGUGACCUGGCCGUCUCCUCCAAGCCAGCAGGGUGGGGAGAUGGGGCACCCCUCAGACCCCUACAGCACCCCAGCCCCGGUGGGCACCACCGCUGAACCCGGCCUCAUACCCGACCUCAUCGCCAGGAUCCCCUGGCCCCGCUGGGCGAUCGUCACCGUUGCUGCUGUUGUCGGUGUCCUCGUUGUUUCCUGCCUCCUCUGUGUCCUCUGCUACUGCUGCCGCCGACACCGCAGGAGGGAGCCCAGGGACAAGGAGGCUGUGGGCCUGGGCAGCGCCCGCAGCAGCACCACCACCCACCUGGUGCAGCCGGAAUUGGGUAAUGUGGAGUCCAGCCCAGAGGGGCCCCCGCAGUGGGGCCGCCUGCAGCUCUCCCUGCAGUAUGACGCGGGAAGCCAGCAGAUCAGGGUGGGACUCAAGCAAGCAGUGGACCUGAGGGCCAGGGGCCCGAGCGGCACAGCAGACCCCUACGCCUGCGUCAGCCUCUCCACCCAGGCCGGGCACAGGCAUGAGACAAAGGUGCACCGUGGCACACUCAGCCCCAUGUUCGAUGAGACCUGCCACUUCCAUGUGCAGCUGCUGGACUUCAGGCGCUUCUCCCGGCACGAGCCACUGGGUGAGCUCAGCCUGCCGUUGGGCGCCGUUGACCUGAGGCACGUCCUGGAGCUCUGGCACCAGCUGGGCCCGCCGGGCACCACCGAGGCUGAGCAGACAGGGGAGCUGUGCUUGUCGCUUCAGUACGUGCCUGGCUCAGGCCGGCUGACUGUGGUUGUGCUGGAGGCCCGAGGCCUGAGCCCAGGGCUGGCAGAACCCUACGUGAAGGUCCAGCUCAUGCUGAACCGGAGGAAAUGGAAAAAGAGAAAGACGUCUGCCAGGAAGGGCACGGCUGCCCCCUACUUCAACGAGGCCUUCGCUUUCUUUGUGCCUUUCAGCCAGAUCCAGAACGUGGACCUGGUGCUGGCUGUCUGGGCCCGGGGCCUGCGGCUCCGGGCCGAGCCGGUGGGUAAGGUGACGCUCGGCGCCCGGGCCUCUGGUCAGCCCCUGCAGCACUGGGCAGACAUGCUGGCCCAUGCUCGACGGCCCGUCACCCAGUGGCACCGCCUGAGGCCUCCCAGGGAGGUGGACCAGGCCCUGGCCCUGCAGCCCCGCCUACGCCUGCCCUUGCCCGGCUCCUGAAAGCGUCCCAGUGCCUCAGUCUCCCUGGGUUGGGCUGUGGGCACCUGUCCAGGCCCCCCUGGGGGCCCACUGCAAUAAAGGCUUCC